AUGAUCAGCAAGCCCCCAGAGUCAGACGAUGCUGCUGGCACCAGCAGCACCGUACAUGGGUCCGUGGAACCAUCAUCUUCUGCCGAGGCACCAGUGACGGGGGCGCUGGCGGACACGAUGGGUGGUGUGUCUUCCUCGAAAGAUGCUGGAGGUCGGGAGGGCAUCGAGGAAAGCGGAAAGCCGGCUGGGAAACCAGGGAAGCGUCGAGACACACCCAAGUCCGUGGAACCUCCAGAGCGUCCAGAGCCUCCGGUCGACAGACUGUUCUCCGACCGAGUCGUCACGAUCCUCGUGGGCCCGAGUGAAGUUCAGUGGCGCCUGCACGAGAACCUCCUCUCCGGCAUCUCGGACUUCUUCAAGUCAGCGUUCAACUCAGGCUUCAAGGAGUCCCUUGAGGAUCAACUCGCCAUGCCCGAGGACGACCCUUCCUCCUUCGAGCUCUUUGUCCGCUGGGUAUACAUCCGCACCCUCACGCCCGCGGCCGUAUCCAACUCGACCCUGGCCGCCAAUGUCCUGCUCGGCAAGGACUUCACGGCGGGCCCCUCGGCGGCCUGCAUCCAGGACUACCUCAAGCUUUACGUCCUCGCGUCCAAGCUCUUGGUGGAGGAGUUGGAGAAUGCUUGUGUGGAUAUGGCCCACGCAUUCUACAGUGUUGGCAUGCGAAGGCCUGACAUCAAGGAUGUGCAAUACGUCUACGCGAACACCAUGCCCGGCUGCGGCAUGCGGAGACUGCUCAAGGAACGCCUCACGCUGGGUCUAUUUAAGGGAAAGCAACACAAUCCUGUGACUCCCGAGUGGAAUGAGAUCUUGAACAUGACACCGGACCUGGGAUUCGACAUCGUGAGCGAGAUUGCUUCCUUCAACUGGAUCUCGGGCGGUAAUGCCCCCGCGAGGACAGUAGCCCAUGAGUGUACUUUUCAUCGGCAUGAGAGGAGCAACCCGUGUGCCAGGCUCUCACCUUGA